AUCAGUGAGACUUUAUGUUGUCAUAUUUAUCUUUUUUGUUAAAAUCAACUCUUGUCAUUGCUGAAGUGAAGCUGUCUGGUUGAACUUUAUUUCUACAAACCCAUAAGAACAUGUUUAAACUUUUGUCUGAAUUGUUCAAUGAAUAUUAUAUAUCUUCCUUGAGACACCACUGCAAUACUGUAGUGCAUGCAGUUUGAAAUUCACAUACUCUAGCUAAUCUUAGGUGCUUACUUGAUCUAAAAAUACAAACAUUUACUGCUACGAGAUAUAAACACCAUAAAAUGUUACAAAAAUGUACUCAAUUAGUUACUGUUCUGAUGUGUCACUGUUAUGACAUGUUGUAAUAUAGUCCUUUUGACUCAUAAUGAAACACUGGAUAUCAAUCACCAUGAAAUGAACGUCCUCUCAAUAUGUUUUCUUUAUAUAACAAGACUGCUCAGUUAAAAAAUAAGAAAAAAAAAAAGCUGAGUCAUUUCGGCGCUAUCCAUGGUACUGAUGUCAAAGAUGCAGCAUCUGAAUACCUCCUCACUCCGCUCCAGUUAUCUUUGUUUCUUCAAUGUGUGUAAGAAUACUAGAUGAGAUGGAUUAUCACACUACUGUGCAAGAAAUGAACAAGAUUAUAACUUCAUACAUUUUAUUUGGACAUUUCAAAUAAAAUGUCAUGUUAUAAUAUUUGUUUUGAAAUUAUCAUCGUACUCUUAAAAUUAUUUUCAUAUUUGCAUUUAUUAUUGACAUUUCUAAACUUCUACAUGAAGAUUAUAUUUAUUUUCUUUUUUUUUUUUUUGGUUUUAUUAAACCAAUAAAACCACGAGUACGUGAUAUGUAUCUCAGUUACAACGCCUGUCUAGUUUGCUAUUCUGAUAAGUGUCUAUAUAUCCUUCUACCACAUGAUGUCACUCGAGACCAUUAGUAUGAAUUGGAUUAUACUUCCAUAAACCCUCCUUCGUGGAUCUCGAAAAGAAAAACCCGUCAUCAGCCUUUGUAGCUUCCUAUCAUUCGGUCGUACGGCGUGGAAAGGAACAUACUCUGUCCUGCAAAUAGGAUCUGCAUAUUUUUUUGAAUAUAAAUGGUAUAAUCGGGUCUGCUUUGUUGCCACAUUAAGGAUGUUUUGGGCAACACAACACGGACAUCUUUGGAUUUAUUCUGCUGCGCUGCUUUCUCUUUGUGAGCGCUCCAUAUCCCAGCUAUCGUAUUCCGUUUCCGAGGAGGUGAACAAAGGGACUGUUGUGGGAAAUGUUGCUAAGGAUCUAAACCUGAACGCGCACGAUCUGAACACCAGGGAUCUACGUGUUGUUUCUGGUUUCAGCAAGGCAUAUUUUGGCGUGAAUUUAAAGACCGGCAACCUCUUUGUCACUGAGAGAAUAGACAGAGAGGAGCUUUGUCCACAUGCGGUAAAAUGCUCUAUGAAAAUACAAGCGGCUUUAAGCAAUCCAAUGAAUGUGCACCGUAUCGAGAUAAACGUUCUUGAUGUGAAUGAUAACUCGCCUUUGUUUAUUGAACAAACACAUACAUUAAAUAUCUGGGAGUCAUUAUCACCAGGAGAGAGAUAUCCUCUCCCUGCAGCGGUGGAUCCGGACGUAGGAAGCAACGCAGUAAAAAGCUACAAGCUGAGUCAGAAUGAACAUUUCUCGCUGGAUGUACAGAGUGGUGGAGAGCAUGGCGUUUUGGCCGAGUUGGUGCUGCAGAAAGCUUUGGACAGAGAAAAAGAAUCAGCGAUUAAACUUGUUGUCACUGCUGUAGAUGGAGGUAUGCCACCCAGAUCAGGGACAUUGCAGCUGACAGUUAACGUCAUAGAUGUGAAUGACAACAGUCCCGUGUUCAGUAAAUCUCUGUACAAGGUGCAGAUCAGAGAAAAUGUUAGUCCCGGAACGUUUGUUGUCAAGUUAAAUGCGACGGAUUUGGACGAAGGUGUGAACAGUGACAUUCGUUAUUUCUUCAUAAAAACGGGAACUAUUGAUCCGUCUAGCCUGUUUGAUUUAAACGCAGAAACCGGGGAAGUAGCAGUAAAAGAAGGCUUAGAUUAUGAAGAAACACGUGCUUAUGAAAUCAGAGUUCAGGCAAAGGAUCAGGGGGUCCCUCCUCGCAGUGCGCACGCCAAGUUAUUAAUAGAGGUUAUUGAUGUUAAUGACAAUUCUCCUGAAAUAUCUGUCACGUCCUUGAUGACGCCCGUAAGAGAGGAUGCAGAGCAGGGGACGGUCGUUGCUUUCAUUACGGUGAGUGACAAAGAUGGCGGGAAAAACGGAAUAACUAGAUGCAGUGUAGCUGGAUCGCUUCCCUUUAAGCUCAAGUCCAACUAUAAAAAUGACUAUUCAUUAGUAGUUGAUGGACCGCUCGAUAGAGAAAACAUCUCUACAUAUGAAAUCACCGUUACAGGCUUCAGACGAGGGAAGUCCAUGUCUGUCUAGCAUCAAAGUAAUUACUGUACAAGUUGCCGAUGUUAAUGAUAACGCACCUCGUUUUACCGAACCCGUGAUUCACGUUUUUGUCAAAGAAAACAGCCCAGUCGGUUCAAAACUUUGC